AUGUCGGGUUACGGAGCACCUUCAGUGGCCAUGGCGCCCUUUUUGAACGAAAGAAAAGCCAUCGAAGAUUUGACGAGUCUUCUUAAGCAUAUUGACGACAAAGGAGAGCUUAAAGAUCUUCUGGAGAAUGAAAGUCAGCUCAAUGAACUAAUCGCAGAUAAUGAGGAGGUUUGUUGUUCAGUUUGUGCAUGUUUGUAUCGUUCGCUGCUGGGAUAUUAAUCCGUUUUUUCCUUGUUAAAUGUCGCAUUCAAAUGUUUAUCAUCCAUAAAUUUAGCAUGGUUCGUUUUUUCGAUCUUGCUUACAAGAGUUCUUCCAAUCAAGUGGCCACAUCGCUAUCGUUUCCUCUCUUUCGAACCUAAAUGUAGCGUUGUACGAUUAUAUGUAAUUCCACUUUUGGGGUUAAUAAAUUUAAGUACAAGUCUAAACCCUAAGCUAACCCUAACCCUAAGUACUGGUUGUACAAACGGAAUCGAAGAGUAACGGACAUUUAAAUAAUACGGUUUUUAUGGAAAGGAGGUUUUUAGUAAUGCAUAGACGGCUGCUUCAAGUCAUGUUGUAGCUUUUUUUUUAAUAUACUGUCACAAAAUAUAGUUUGGUUUGUUGCGUGUGAUUUGAUUGUGAGCAGAGCGGUCGUUCACUAAACUAGACGCAAAAAUCCCACCAGUGGCCUGUCCUGACAGCUGCAUAUAGAUUUGGAAAGUUAGAGUUGUCAGGGAUGUCAGUAGAGAAUGUAAUAGAUGUAUGAUCUGAACUGAGUGGGUGGCUGAAUUAAAUUAUUCUUGAGUAGCAAGCAUGGCGUGUUGAAAAGGAACUUUCUUGGGGUCAGGUGUGGCAUGCCCCCCCACAUUUAAUGUAUGAAACUCUGUCAGAUGGAUGUGGCAUCAAUAAUUUUGGAACACAUUUGAGACACUUUUGUUUUAGCUAGACUUUGGUGUUAGAAUCAAUUAAAAAAUACUUAUUUUCUGUCUUUGAUCACAGUUUACAAAGUAACCAGUGGAAACUGGUCUGAUAGCCAGCAAGUUUCUGCUGCUUAUUGACAUCUUAGGAGAACCCUGAGUAUUAUGAUAUUCAUGGAUGUAAUCUUUUACUUAUGAUUUACAGCAGUGACAUGAUUGUUGUUAAUAACAUUUUGCAUGUAGGUUAAGAGAAUUCAAGUGCAGCGUGAGACUCUGAUGGCAAGUAACAGAAGUCUUGCAGAGUACAAUCUGUCACAGCAACCUAUACUGGAGGCAAAGAAAAAUGCACUUUUUGAGGCUCACCGAAACAAGGCUGUUAUUCAAGAGAUGUAUGAAGAGUACAGAAAAAAACUAGGUACAGUAUUUGUUGAGUAUAGCUGUAUCAGAGUUGUGUUAUUAGACAUAAUUAUUCACCUACAAUUGCCUCAAAAUGAAGGCAUGGUUAUUUUGCUGGCCCUUUGGUAAGCUAUCAACACAUUUUCAUCACAACUUGCCUUGUUGUAUACUGUAUUAUAAAAUAAUUCAAAUAGUACGCGUGCUCUGAUUGGCCAUAAUACCAUUUCACAUGAGCGUAUGUAAACACGGUUUUCGUUCCUCUUUCAUAAGUUAUUUUAUAAAAGAAAUGUAAAAUGGUUUCUGUGUUUACAUAGCCUGAUGUAAACACUUGGGGAGGUUGGGAGAACACUUGAUAAGCUGGAAACCACUCCACUUCGCGUUGUGGUUUUCUACGCUUGUCUCGUGUUCUCCCAACCUCCCGUGUGUUUACAUCAGGCUAUGUACACACAGAAACCAUUUUACAUUUCUUCAAUGAAAAUACUCUGUGCAAUUAAAAUCCUUUGUGCAAAAACCUCUCAGGUGACAUGCAGCAAACUUUGAAUCUGCUUAAUUUUGGUUAAAAAUUAAUAGUUUCAUUUAAGUCUUUUUUGUUUUUUUUUUACAUAGGUUUUUUACUCACUUUUUUGUUUAUCACUCAUACAAGUGUAUUAAGGAAUUAUUUUAUUACAGCCUUCAGUCUUCAGUGAUUAAAGGUUGUGACUACAUUACAACAUGCCUCUUGGUUCAGCUAAUGGUAUUAAUGUGUAGCUGGGUGAUGGGAUUGUGUGAGUUUAGUCAUGUUGAUAUUGACUCAUGCAAACCUAGAUCCUGUUCUCCAACAGAGCUAUUCAUUAUCUGUGAACAAAAAACGUCAUAGGAUGUUGGACUAUUGGUUUAUUAAAAAUGACUGAUUCUUUGCAGAUGCACUUUCAAGCCAAUAUUCACCGGACACAACCUUAGCAUUGUUGCAAACUUCUGCAGCACAAGCAGAGGAAGAAGCUGAGGUAAAUUGAAAAUAAGGGUGUAUCUAGGUUAUGCUCCCUUUUAAUCUUCUCUCUCAAAUUGCAUGGGGCUAACUGGGGUAUGAUGAUCAGUAUACAAGCCAGCUUCAUUGGAGAAAUGUCUGGUAAAUUUCCAGUACUGACAGUCAAGUGCAGGACAUGGUCCAACACCUUAACCCUUAAACUCCCAAGAUCUGAUUGUUAAUUCUCCCCUCUGGCUGCAACACAUUUCCUUGUAAACUAGUAACGAGAAUUUGCUGUUAGAUCAAGAUAGCAACUUCAACCUGAUAAGUUUGAGUAUUCUCAUUACAUUUUUGUUGGAUAAUGCAUGGAUAUUGUAGGGAGAAGUUACUUGUUAAGCACAUCUGGGAGUUAAAGGGUCAAAAACGGAUAUCUGAUACAAACCCAAAAAAAUGCUAUAUUUAUAGUGUUUAGCACCAAUGUAGAAAAAUUUGGUUUCCAUCCACUUUUCAAUUACAGAAAUGUUGCAAUUUGUUUGAAGCUGUUGGUAAAAUGACGUUGAGUUGAACUAUAACAUCUUUCCUGAACAAUUUUCUAUUUGACUAGCUUCACUUUUUCUUGGCAAAAACUCCUCAGUGGUUUGACAAAUGAUUAGAUCAUUUGUCAAACCACUGAGGAUUUGCAGGCUUGGUAUAUGGUAAGUGUUGUUGUAUGUUAUAAUGAUUAAUGAACAGGUGUGCAUUCUUUAGCACUGAAUCAAAUAUUUUAUUGCAUUUCAGAAAAUUGCUGAUAAAUUCCUAGAUGGUGAAAUCAAUGUUGAGGACUUCAUUCAGUCAUUUCAAAGUCAGAAGACUAUUCACAGCUUACGAAAAAUUAAAUCUGAAAAGUUGACUGAGCUAUUAAGAAGUAGGAUGUCUUCCCAAUAUUCCUAUAGGCUUUAAUUGUUCAUACUCUUAAACAAGAAGAAAAAUACAUGUUAAAAAUAAACAGGCUUAUCGUCUUUUCUCUUCAAAAUAAAACAAAGCUUUGUGGAUAUGGUCAAACUCUUUUGUUGGGGCCAGCCCCAAUGAGGAUUAAAAACAAAACUUGACUGGGGUUUCUGUGUUCAAAAAGGCAUGAUUUAGAGUUGAUGGAGAAGGAUGAAAUACCUUACAUUUUUCAACCUUUCAUUGGCAAAAUGAAAGUUUGUACUCAUGUGAAAUCAUUAAUUUAUGCAUAGCUUAUAUUAAUGUAAUAGAGCAGUUGUUUGGGGGAUAAUGCUUUGUUAACUAUUUUACUCCCAGAUUUCAUUAGUGAUGCUCCAUACUGUCUGCCAUACAAUUCUUACGAUGUUGGUGUGAAGAAUUUUGUGUUGGAUUGACUAAUAAUCCCCUAAUUGAUAUUUUUGCUUAUUCUCAUCACUUGUCUGCUUGAUGUUGUAUGGAUAUUGUAAAGACAAGUUCUGUUUUGGUUGCUCAUGAGAGCUAAAGGGUUAUGUGUAUAUUGCCUGUCUGAGCCUGACUCAGAUUAAAGUGAUGUCAACUGGGAGUUAGGCCCAGAUUGACAAUCUUCACCUUGGACAAAGUCAUUGGUAAAAUUUAAUAAAGUUAGUAUUAACAGGCUGGGAAUUAUGCUUACAUGUUUAUUAUAUAAUGUGAUCUGUAGCAGCUAUGGUGAUCACAUAGCUUGGAAUUGGUUGUAUUACUUUAAUUCACUUUAGCACAGCUAAGUUCGAAGUAAAGUUCAAAGUUAAUUUUUAGGUUUUCUAAUAGUAAUUAUCAGUACAAUAUGACUGUGGUAUGUAUAUGGUUUGAGACCAAGAGACAGUUAGACAGGUGUCAGAAAGUUUUCCCAAAAGCUUAAAAGGUGUGCAAAGGAGCUGGCUCUUUUGUAUAAUGUUAGUCCUUCAAAUUUUUGUGCAACCUUCAGGCACUGAUUUUUGAUAUGUCUUCCAUAGUUUCCUGUAACCCAUUAAAACUGAGAAUAAAGAAAAAGUGUUUCCUUCUUCACUUACUUGUUAGGUUUUAUAUUGAACUAUCAAUGAAUUAUUAUCUAAUAAGUUCAGUUAUGCACGCAUUCUGAUUAGUUCUCACUUAUGAUCUAUCGGAGGACAGAUGUAUAAAUGAUGUCAUCAUUAAAACUU